AUGGGGAAGGACCGGAGAGAAGAGGGACUGGCUGCUGUGAUCCUGGACCCGCGGCCGCCGCCGGUUGUCGUCCGCUCGCUGGCAGCGAGGUUCCCGCGGCCCCGUGACCCGGCCUCGGCGGGAGCAGCCACGACGGCGGCGACCUCGGGUGGGAGCCCGGGCGGCUCGCGGUGGGUCGGGGGCGGCCCGGGAGGGUCCUCGCGGCCUACAGUGGGCAGCGCCGAGCUCGGAGGAGACAGCCGCGGGCAAGGGGCUGGGGUUCUGGGGUGCCCCCUUCAGGCGCUGCCCCGGGCCGCGCCGCCACUCUCACAGCCCGGCCGCCCCUGCCCGCUGUGCGCUUCCUCUCGGUGCCGCAGGCCUCAGCGGGGAUUCUGGGGGUACGCGGCGGGGCUCGACACGCGACGGCCUCUGGGGAGUUGGGGUCCAGGGAGACCCGGCUUCACCUCCCGCCCGCCUGGGGCUGCAAGACCCUCGGGAGGCGCCUCCGCGAGGCCGCAGAGCCGCGGGCGCCCGCCGCUUCCCUUCGCCCUGAGCCGGAGGAAUCUUCCGAUAAUUCUGCCGCCACGACUUGAACCGUGUGCGACGCGAGCUCGAAACAAACAUCACAUCUAAAUUAAAAAAAAAAAAAAAAAAAGCGGAAGAAGCGGCCGAGGAGGCGGCGG